GGGCUUGAGUCCAGAGAUCCGCGACUUUGGGGGCCCCAUUGCGCACGCGCAAACGAGCGGGAGGGCAGCCCCAGCCAGAUAUCUGGAGAUUCCAGUUACUAUCAAGGUGGGAUGCUCCAGUUUGUUCUUGGGCAAGGAGACCCCAUUUUGCAGCUGGGUUUUGGAAAGGGCUAAUGGCAUUGAGCUGUGGCUGCAAAGCUCCCAGGAGGCAGUGGCAUGUCCUCAAGGCCUGGAGAAGUGCUGGCUUCUCCCUGUUUCCAGGGCACCGUUGUCCCUGGAGAGGAGCGGGAAGCCCUGUGGACCCAGAAGUGAAAGUGUUUCUGGAAGAGAACACCGAAGUCACCAGCACUGGCAGCCUCACCCCCGAAAUCCAGCUACGACUUCUGACCCCCAAAUGCAAGUUCUGGUGGGAGAGAGCUGACCUGUGGCCUUACAGUGAUCCUUACUGGGCAAUCUACUGGCCAGGAGGCCAAGCCCUGUCUAGGUAUCUCUUGGAUAAUCCUGAAACUGUGAGAGGAAAGUCGGUGUUAGACCUUGGGUGCGGGUGUGGAGCCACAGCCAUGGCUGCCAAGAUGAGUGGGGCCUCAAGGAUUGUGGCCAAUGACAUAGACCCUAUUGCAGGAAUGGCUGUUGCACUUAAUUGUGAACUGAAUUGUCUGAGUCCUUUCCCUAUCUUAACUGAAGACAUUUUGGAUAUGGAACAGGAGAAAUGGGACCUGGUUGUCCUUGGAGAUAUGUUUUAUGAUGAUGAUCUUGCUGACAGACUCCAUCAGUGGUUGAGGAGCUGCUCUCGGACCUAUGGAACCCGAGUCCUGAUUGGUGACCCUGGGCGCCCCCAGUUCAAAGGACACUGCAUCCAACAGCAGCUGAGUAAAAUAGUGGAGUUCUCCCUGCCUAAGCCCACCUGUCAGGAAAACAACGGACUGACAACAAGUGCAGUGUGGGAAUUUUGGCCUUAAAUUGUUGUCGUGCUUUUAAGUAUCAAUACAAUCCUGUGUGGAAGACUGUAAUCCUGGCAAUUUGGGAGGCAGAGAUGAGGGGAUUGGGGUUCAAG